AUGUUAGUAAGAGAAUUCAGCUCCAAAAGUCACAAAACAUUCGAACUCUUUAUCAAAGCUCGAGACUUGGUGGCCCCAGCAACUUUAAACCCAAUCUGUAGACUUCAGCUAAAGGUUGAAGACUCGAAAUGAGUAGACUUGGGUUCAACAGAAGUAGUCUUUAUGUCGAAGAAUCCCAAAUGGAAACAAAACAUUAUCAUUGAUCAUUGCUUCGAAAAGAGUAGCGAGCUGCAAUUUUCUAUUUAUUCUGGGGCAGACUUUAUUGGAAGCAUAGAAUGCACAAGCAACCAUUUAAUUGCAAGGCAACCUUUUAUAUCUCAUAUAUUUAGAGGAACUAUUAAGGAGAUUACUGGGACAAUUGUGGUAAAAGCUGAAGAAGUCAGAGAUCUAGAGUCAAAGAUAAAAAUAUAUCCCCUGAAAUUCUAUAAACGACUAUUGAGCAUUUUUUAUUUUUUAAAAUUAAUUUAAAAUUAUCAAUUUUUUUGAAAAGUAAAAACGAAAAUGAGAAAUCUCCGUCUAUAAUUAUAAGAUGCAUAGUCAGUCUUAGACUGUAUAAGAUAUUGUAAUUGCCCGAGGAUGGCGCUAUCUUGCGCCAUCCUCGGGCAAUUUAAAAAAUGGCCCCACACCGGGAAUCGAACCCAUGUGGGGCCAUUUUUUGGUGCGUGGAAGUCGAUGCUCUCCACUAACCAAAAAUGGCCCCACACGUGGGUUCAAUUCCCAGCGUGGGGCCAUUUUUUGAUUGCCCGAGGAUGGUGCAAGAUAGCGCCAUCCUCGGGCAAUUAGCAUAAGUGUCCUGGACAUAUUUUUUUCUAUUGGCACUCUGCUGGAAUAUAGCGAUCUAUUAUGGUGCAUAAAUUAUAUAGGAUUGGUUGGGCAUCAUUUAGACGCUAUGGACUUUGGAGGAAAAAGCGACCCGUAUCUUAUAUUUUAUAGACUCCUGCAGGAUGAUUCCUGAUCUGAAUGCUAUAGGACAGAAAUAAUUUACAAAACGCUUGAUCCUGUAUGGAAACCUUUUGAGAUAAACUUGCAUCAGCUCUGCGGCAGCGAUCCCAAUCGAUCAAUAAAAAUCGAAUGUUUUGAUUGAGACCGGUGCAGCUCAGAUGAUUUUAUUGGGCAGGUAACAGUGACAUUGCGAGAGUUAUUGCGGGCAGGCUCUCAAUUUGCACUAAUAUUGCCCGCUCCCGGCUAUAGAUUGGACUAUGCCCGAUCUCUGCCGAAAAACUCGGGGGGUUGUCUGUGUCACUUCAAGGUGACAAGUCAACUCCCCGAGUUGGCAAAUCACUUAAUGGUGGCUAUUUGCCAACUCGGGAGUUGACUCGUCACCUCGAAGUGACGCCGACAACCCCCCGAGUUUUCCGGCAGAGAUCGGGCAUAGUCCAAUCUAUAGCCGGGAACGGGCUAUAAACCAUUCCAAAACAUCUCGCAAAGGCUACACCAAUUCAGGAAUUUUAGAGGUCACCAGCUCUACAAUCACAAGAAAUUACUCAUACAUGGACUACUUGCAGAAUGGAACAUCAAUCAAGCUAAUCGUGGCAAUUGAUUUUACUUCUUCUAAUGGAGAUCACACAGAUAUUCACUCCUUGCAUUAUUUGAAAAAAAUAUGCGUAGACAGAAGAUGGACUACUAGACACAUUCCAUAUGACCAGGUAGGAACCGUCCGAUGGAGUUGAAAAAAAUUAUUUCUCCCUGUCUCUGCCAGAUAGGCUAGACAUGCUUUGCAUCGCACUUGGUCUUUGCUUAUCGGACUAAAGGGGCAUUUGCAAGAGCAGGUCUAAUUUAAUGAGUUAAUCCUUAGGUAGGGAUUUACGCCAGAUAGGCGAACUGUAGUCUAUCUGUUUAUGGUUUUUUAUAGCACUUAAUUUAAACUUGCAUUAUUCUAAUUCCAGUAUACAAAAUGAAUACCAAAGAGCCAUUGAGGCAGUCAUCAAGAUCAUAGAAAUUUAUGACGAAGACAAAAAAAUCGCUAUAUUUGGGUUCGGAGGGAGGCCUAUUUGAAUUCGGGACAUAAGUCACUGCUUUUCUUUGACUAGAAGCGAAUCAAAUCCUUACGUAGUAGGGCAUGAGAAAAUAAUAGAAACCUAUAUAAAAGAGCUCCCAAAUAUAGAACUAGAAGGACCUACAUAUUUUAGAUGGAUUUUACUCCUCCGAAAAAAUUCCCAUUUUGGGUAAAAAUUACCUCCUGAGUAAUAAAAAAAAAUUUUUUGAUAAAAUAAAUUGAUCUUAAUGGGCUCUAUUGAAGGACGGAGCUAGAGUCUAUAGCGGGAAGGGUUAAAAAGUAACAUGAAAAAAAUGGUUGGCAAGUGUAAACAAAGUUGAAAGCAAGACUGCAAGUUUUAAAAUGAACUUUAUCAUUAAAAUUAAUUUUUAAAUUAAAGAUACAGUUUUAGACUUUCAUAUCGAAGUAUUAUUAAGGCAGAAAGGAGACAUUAUCUUCUAUUUAAAAAAUGCUCUUUGAGACAAAAACAUAUCGGAAAUAGAUUUUGUAAUUUUAUGUCAGAGGUUUUCAAAAAAAUUCAUUUUUUCAAAUUUAAAAAUUACGGGCUUGCUUGCCAACCUUUUUAAACCUGCCAACCAUUUUUUGGCACACCACUUUUUAAUCCUUUCUGGCUAUAGAGUCUAGCUCCUUCCUUCAAUAGAGUCCAUUAAGCCUUCCCCUUCUAUUUUAACUGUUCGAUAAAAAAAAGCUAUCAGGAUUAUAUGCUAUAAAUGGUAACUAGUAUGAACUCUCUAGUUAACUCUAUUAAAUUCUACAAAUUAAAUAAGUUUUUGUGAAUUGAGAUUUUUUAUAAAAACAUUAAACUUCAUGAGCAAACAUUUUUUUCACUCACGAAAAGGGGAAUUAGAGAUGGCGAAUGAUAAAGCUAGAGAAAAAACUGAUGGAUCGAUAUAUAAUGUAUUACUUAUAAUUACAGAUGGAGAUAUUGACGAUUUUCCUGCAUCUCGAGAUUUGAUUGUAGAAUCAUCGAGGCUUCCGAUGAGUGUUAUUAUUAUUGGAGUUGGAGGGGAAUGCUUUUCUAAUAUGUAUAGGCUGGAUUCAGAUAGUGGAGUUCUUAAAGAUCAUAAUCAGCGCGAAGCUUUACGAGAUUGUGUCCAAUUUGUACCAUUUAGACAAUAUAUGAGCUCUCCUGAAAGCUUUGAAUCAAAAAUUUUAGAAGAGAUCCCUUCACAAAUAGAGUCGUACAUGAAGCUGGCUAAUAUAAAGCCACUUCUAAUGAAGUGUCCAUUUUCUGAUUAG